UGACGCUCGCAUCGCCUUAAUGCCAGCUUAGAAAUAAGUUGCGACUGUGAGUACGGGCCAUAAAUUAAUUUUUGUUUAUUUGUUUAUAUUUUUCAAUUUCAUAAAAUGGAUAAUGUUGAAAAAGUCAUCGAGCUUCUACAUAAGAGAAAAACCAUCCGUGAAGUCCAUUUCACAAAUGCAGAAAGACAACAAGUUGCAAAAUAUAAUAAUGUAAUGGAAAGGUUACAGACUCUAAAAGAUAAUAGAAAUGAUUGUAAAGAAAAUAUUAGUAAGAAUCUUCUACAUCUGACAACACAUAAACAUUCAAUAUAUAAACUAAUUUAUAAUUCAGAAAAUAGUGCAGGAUUGCCAGUUUCUUAUGACCAUCAUCGGCAAAUGAUAAUGCUUUUAUCUGAAGGGAUUGAUUUUAUAAAUAAGUUGCAGAACAUUUAUAAAAAUUUGGAUAAUGAAAACAAAGAAAAUAAUGCAAAUUCUGCAAAUCUUACUCAUGAUAUUACAUCUUGUACACGUUCUGUAGAAAGAGAGCUUUAUAAAAUAAAGUUACUAAUUGCUGAAAUACAAAUAUUACAGAAUAAUGCGGAUUUAUUGAAUAAGUUAAAACAAGAAAAUUGUUUAAAUGCUAGUGAUGAAGGUAUGGAAAUUUAAAGAGUGCUAAGUAGAACUUUAAUAAGAAAAUUACAUUUUGUUAUUAUAGUAUUAAAAAUUAAUAUUUUUUAAU